AACCUUUUUCGAUUGACUAUUCCAUUCGAUAACCUUAAACGUUUACAAUCUGGAACGAAUUAUCGAAAUAUUUAUUCCGCUUCGACAUCCUACGCUAGAGUCAUAGCAAUUAAGUUCAUAGGAGACAAGGCGUACGAAAACUCCACAAGAAUUUCAAAGAGACGAUCGCAAAUACUGUACCCAACACCGCGAUCAUGUCGUACAAUCCACGAAUGUCGAUUAUCCCGCCGGCGCAAACCCAAUCGCGCACGCGCAAGAAGGAGGAAGAAGCCGAUGCAUUCAUGAGACUACCGGACAAGGAGAUCGUCGGAUGUAUAACAGACAUCGGGAUCCCAUUUAACGUUGCCGACCUGCAGAAGCCGAAUCCUCUCCAAGUACAGAUGAUCUUCGAAUGGUUCGCUGAAUUGUUGUUGAAUGCGACACGCGAGACCGUCGAGCCGGCUAUGCGCGCUGCCGCCGAGGAUGUCUGUGGAGAGUUCACCGAUAUCGUGCCCCCCGACACGCGCAACCUACUAGGCUUCUACGUCUCACUACGCAAGCUACUUCUCGAGUGCGGCAUCACCGACUUUAGCUUCUCCGACUUGUACAAGCCCACCCACCCGCGCCUCGUCAAGAUCUUCAGUUACCUAAUCAACUUCGUUCGAUUCCGUGAGAGCCAGACAAAUGUCAUUGAUGAGCAUUUCAACAAGGCCGAACAGACUAAGGCGCGGAUCGAGACGCUGUAUGGCGAGAACCAAGAUAUGGAGGCUAGACUAGACGAGAUGCGACAUAACCGAAGAGCAAUGGAGGCUCAAGUGCGCGAGAAAACAGAGCGAAACGAAGAGCUGAAGAAAACUCUACUAGAAUUACGACGGAACCAGGAGAGGGUUGCGGAUCGACUAGAUGGGGCUAAGCAGAAGAAGGCAGACCUGGCCCAGAGAUUAGAGCAAAAAACAGCAGAGAAGAUGUUGUUAAAGCAAGAAAGCAACAAACUGCGACCAUACACCCUACAAAGUCCCCAAGCACUACAGACAAGUUUGACAGAGCUCAGCAAUACUCUCAACGGAGACAAGUCGCACAUAGAUUCCCUAGAUCGACGAGCAAGAGCAUUGCAGACCUCAACUGAUUCCUUUGGAGUCGUAUCGACAGAUGUGGCAUCAUGUAUCAAACUCUUAGACGAUAUCGCGAACGAGUUGACAAAGGAGGAGGAGGAAAAUGCUCGAAACGCGAAGCAACGAGACACAUUAUCAGAGCGUGGCAAUAACGUCAGAGAAGUGGAGAGGACAGAAGCGUUGCUACAAAGGCAGUUAAGCAAGUGGAAUGAACGCACGGAGAAGCUACGCGAUCAGAGUCGAGAAAAAGCCCAAGAAGCGACGAAGAAGAUGGAGGAGCUCCGAGCAUUGCACAAGAAACUGACGGAAGAGAGAACGGCGAAAGGUAAUGAGAUCGAAAAAAGGAGAGUUCGGAUCGAACAAACUGAGAAGAAGAUGUUGGAUCUCAAAGAGAACAUCGAACGUGAGGUCCAUGCGGCAUACGAUGAGUAUCUGAAGAUGGAGUCGCACAUCAAACUGUACAUCACAGAGAUGGAACAGGCUAUUUGAUUACUAUCCCUUAUCUGUUUGGUGCAUAUGUGACGAGAUCAUGAUGGGGAUACCACGGCAGGCGUUCGGGUGUUGAGGGCCGGUCAAGGCUUAGAC